AGGUUAUGAUGAUGUCAGACAUUGCUAAAGACAGAACGGCUCAUUUACUGAAGAAGAGGGGCAGUGUGUCUUCUUUAAGUAGUCAUGAGUUCCGGCGGAAGGAGCCUCGUGGGCGCACCAAAGACUCUCUGAGUACAGUGUCUUAUAUGGAUGAACCUAGCCAGCAUGAAGAUGCUUCUCACCUCACAGUUCAGAUGGAAAACACCUACCAACUGGGUCCUACCAAACAUUUUCCUGUUGUCAUUGUCAAUCAUAUUCUGAAAGAUGUGUUAACUAACUACCUACAAGAAGAAAAAUAUGAACCAGAGCUCUGUAGACAGAUGACUAAAACGAUUUCUGAGGUUAUUAAAGCCCAGGUCAAGGACUUGAUGAUUCCACGAUAUAAGGUAAUUGUGAUGGUUCACAUUGGACAACUGACUGGCCAGAGCAUACUGAUUGGAAGCAGAUGCCUCUGGGAUCCUAAAAAUGAUACCUUUGCAUCUUACAUUUUCAGAAACUCUUCUCUCUUUGCUCUUGCAAAUGUCUACACAGUUUACUUUGAGUGACUGAAAACAAGAAAUCUAGUUCAUACUUUUUAAAUUAAGAAAUAGGCUGUAUCUUUGUACACAAGUUUCACUGCCCAGACGUUUGAGAAAGACACAACACUAAUAUUUCAAACAACUGGAAGUUUGGGGACUUUUUCAUACUCUUGUAA